UUGUAUCUCUCAAAAAGUGUAAACUCUAGAACUAAAUAAAAACCCCUCAUCUUCCUUCCACUUUCUUUAACCUCACUCUCAUUUAUCAUUUCUCUCAUUCUUCUUCUUCUUCUUCUUCUUCUUCUUCUUCUUCUUCUGUCUCUUUCCUCACGCACACACACCACUGACUGAGCUGAGAGAUACAAACAAACAGAUAAAAACACAGAGAGUUAUUGUGAAAUCUGACCCAUUGGCUCGUAGUCCCAAUGCCGUCGGAAUCAUCCAACAGAAACAACAGUAGGCCCCAACCACAACACACCAUGGGCUUCCCUCCCCCUCCUCAAUCCGACCCUCUCCCAUGUCCACGCUGCGAUUCCCUCAACACCAAGUUCUGUUACUACAAUAACUACAACCUCUCUCAGCCCCGUCAUUUCUGCAAAUCCUGCCGCCGUUACUGGACCCAUGGCGGCACCCUACGCGACGUCCCUGUUGGCGGCGGCUCCCGCAAGAACUCCAAACGCUCUCGCUAUCAUAACAUCAACAAUACCCCUUCCUCUGUUUCUGCCUCUUCUUCCACCUCCGUUUCAUCUUCCACCUCUGCUUCUUCCUCCUCCUCUGUUUCUCUUCUCCCCACUGCCAAUGCUCUCAACAAUGACAUCAACGACACCAUCCCUCCUCCUGGAACUUUCACUUCUUUGCUCAGCUCCCAAGCCUCCGGAUUCUUGGCUCUUGGCGGAUACACCUCCGGUUCCGGGUCGGGUCAUGCCCCGGCAGCGUUUGACGAUAUGGGGUUCGCUCUAGGCAGGGGAUUGUGGGGUACUGCUUGUCCUUACCCUGAAGUUGGGGAUCUCGUUGGGAGUUACGCCGCCGGUGGGGCUCCGGAGACGUCUUCUUCCGGGUACAACACGUGGCAGAUGAAUGCCACUGACGGCGGAGGAAACGGUGGAGUUGUGGACGGUGAUUUGCUGGGUUGGCCGGACCUUGCUAUUUCCAUGCAAGGCAAGAGCAUGAAGUAAUCUAAUAUAAUAAUACACACAACAACAUUUUCAAUGCUUUGCUUUGGGUUCCUAAAUCAAAUGCUCUCUAAUUUCCUUCAUUUUUUCCCCCUUCUCAGUGGCUUUUUCCGGAUCUUACCUUCUUCAAUAUAUGUGUUUUUUCUUUUCUUUUCUUGGGUAUAGAGAGUAUAAUAGAGACUGAUAGGAUACAGCAAAAAUAUUGAAAGCAUACACCUUGUGGGUGAAAAUGGUGUCUCUGUCACUAUUAGGCGUUUUUAUUUUCUUGGGGUUCUGUCAAUUAUGUCUGAAGUAGCAGAAACUCUCUUCUUCGACAAAAAAAAAAAAAAAAAAAAAACGAAUGUUUUCUGGGAGAUUUCCAUUUGGAUCUGUUUAUACAAAUUGUGUUAUUUUGCUUGCCA